AUGGCGGCUUCACGGUUACAGAUGGAAGGAGACGACUCUGUGCUUCUACACAUUACUCACUCCAACCUCAAGAGCUUCGGUGCGGAUGUUCGUUUCUCUCCGCAAAUGAGUGUGGAAGCUGUGAAAGAAAAGCUAUGGAAGAAAUGUGGGACAUCUGUUACUACCAUGGCUUUAGAGCUCUAUGAUGACAGUGGCUCCAAGGUUGCUGUUCUCAGUGAUGAUACAAGACCUCUCGGUUUCUUCUCCCCUUUUGAUGGGUUUCGGUUGCACAUCAUAGAUCUUGACCCCUCUUCGGUCACAACAGGAGGUUGGCUUGAAGAUACGUCCUUGGUUGAGAAGUAUACAAUCUCAGAAGAGGAUUAUGCUAAACGAACUGAUAGUUUUAGGAAAUUCAAAGAAAAACGAGUGUCUCAAAAUCCGGCUGCUUCUGAGGCUAAGACGAAGGAGAACUUCAUGGAAGAUCUCUGUGCAAACAUCAAGGUGGGAGAUAGAUGCGAAGUUGAGCCCGGAGAGAAAAGAGGAAUGGUCAAAUAUGUUGGAAGAGCAGAGUCAUUGGGUCCUGGCUAUUGGGUUGGAAUUCAGUAUGAUGAACCCCUUGGAAAACACGAUGGCAUGGUGAAAGGAACAAGAUUCUUUGAGUGUCCUCAGCUUCAUGGCGGAAUGGUCCGGCCAGACAAAAUAAAGGUUGGUUAUUAUCCCGAAAGAGACCCUUUCGAGGAAGAUGAAAUAUAA